GAGCGAGCGAGCUAGAGCGGGCGGGCGGGCGGGCGCGUCGCGUCGCGCGGAGUCGGCGCCGGGGCCGGGCCUCGGCGGGACCGACGGCCGGAAAAGGGCAGCCCGAGCCGGGCGCCGCGGGGUCCCCCACCCCCACUCGGCCUGACAGUGCCCGGUGUUCCCCCGUGCGGGGGGCGGCGGCGGCGGCGGCGGCUGACGGGACCCGGCAGGACCGCGGGCGUGUUGUCACCUCCGGCGAGGAGCCGGCGCGGCCGCGGGCUCUUGCGAGCCGGGGGCCCCGGGCCCGUGUGACAGACGGGCCGAGGAAGGCGGAGAGAGGCGACGGGGAAGCCGCGGCGGCGACACCACCAUGUCAUCCCCCAGCCCGGGCAAGCGGCGGAUGGACACGGACGUGGUCAAGCUCAUUGAGAGUAAACAUGAGGUCACCAUCCUGGGCGGACUCAAUGAGUUUGUAGUGAAGUUUUAUGGACCACAAGGAACACCGUACGAAGGUGGAGUGUGGAAAGUCAGAGUGGACCUUCCAGAUAAAUACCCUUUCAAGUCUCCAUCUAUAGGAUUCAUGAAUAAAAUUUUCCAUCCCAACAUUGAUGAAGCGUCAGGAACUGUGUGUCUAGAUGUAAUUAAUCAAACUUGGACAGCUCUCUAUGAUCUUACCAAUAUAUUUGAGUCCUUCCUGCCCCAGUUGUUGGCCUACCCUAACCCCAUAGAUCCUCUCAAUGGCGAUGCAGCAGCCAUGUACCUCCACCGACCAGAAGAGUACAAGCAGAAAAUUAAAGAGUACAUCCAGAAGUACGCCACGGAGGAGGCGCUGAAGGAGCAGGAAGAGGGCACCGGAGACAGCUCCUCGGAGAGCUCCAUGUCCGACUUCUCGGAAGAUGAGGCGCAGGACAUGGAGUUGUAGUAGAAAAAGCACCUGCUUUUCAGAAAGACUAUUAUUUCCUAACCAUGAGAAGCAGACUAUAAUAUUCAUAUUUAAACAAAGCAAUUUUUUUUAUUACUAAACAAGGUUUUUAUGAAUAAUAGCAUUGAUAUAUAUAUAUUAUAUAUCACCCUUUAGAUCUUGA